AGAGCACGAGGAGGUGCCGGAAGGAGAAGCACGUGCGUGGAGCAUCUGGGCAGCUCGUGGGAAGAGAAGGCGUCCCGCCUGCCGUGUACGUCGCGGGACGGAGGAAGCCUGCCGGAGUGUCCGGCGGACGGUGCAACUGCGUGCCGGCCAUCAGAGUAGCCUUGAAGCUCUGAUGGACUACAGUCCUCCGCUUUCGCACUAACGCAACUGUUGCCUGAGCUAUGGGUGGACUGUGGAAGUGAAGCCAAGUCUCUUUACCGUAUUUCGGUCAUCGACCAGCAAGGGACUCUGGAAGCUGUGAUCUGGCAGGGCGGCAAGUUCUGGAAGGCAGCUAGAAACCGAUCUUGUGUAGGCUGAUUUGUGCUACUUCCAUGGCUGCAAUUUACUCUGGUAUUCAUCUGAAGCUGAAAAGCCCAAAGACAUCUUGGGAGGACAAACUCAAGUUGGCUCGGUUUGCAUGGAUUUCUCAUCAAUGUUUCCUUCCAAACAAAGAACAAGUCUUACUUGACUGGGUGAGUCAUAGCCUGGUUUCUUGCUACAAUAAGAAACUUGAAUUGCCAGAUGAAAUAGUUGAGAAGCUUUGGAUGUACCUGGACAGCAUCAUUCACAGCAAAAAGCUACAGAAUCUCUUCAAGGAUGGAAAAACAGUCACUCUGCGUUUUACAAUUGCCCAGGUCAUAAAUGAAAAGCUUUCUCUUGCUUACUCUCAAAAAACACUGAAGAACGUCAGUGCAGUGCUAAGUUGUUGUAGUGGCAUCCUUUCCAAACCUCCUCUUUCAAUAGUUUAUACUGCAAAAUUUGAACUGCUGGUACAUCUUCUAAGUAAGUUGUCCUGGCUAACCUGUUGGCAGUUAUCGUCAGAAGAUGCUGUAUCCUCCCAGUUGUUUGAAGUCCUUCAACUGAGCCUCAGGCAGUACCUUCUAAUUCAGCGGCAGCAACCCAAUGCAAAUCGAGUAUUUGGUCAGGUGAUCCAACAACUGCUUCAGCCAUGCCUAUUGCUUAGGUACUUGCUAACAAUUAAAGUAUGGACAGAAGCAGAUGACAAUCGCCUUCGUACACAUCUGAGCAAGGAAGUCCGAAAUCAUGUAGAGACUUUGCUCAAGACUGGUAUUUUCCAACAGGAGCUCUUGUCAUCCUACAGAGAAGAGCUGUUGCCAGAAAAGGAAACUGUCAGCACAAAGAAAGGAGGCUUGAAAAAUCUGCUGCUACCGGCCAGCACAAUCCAGGCUUCUUUAGGAGACACUGCCUUUUGCGAGCAAGCUCUUCAUGGAAAAGUGGUAGCACAUUCUGUGCCUUUGCUCUUCAAGAUUUUUUUAGAGAUUUAUAAUAAGCCCGGAGACCAUUUGGUCUGCUUUCACAUGCUUACCAAGCUUUUUGGUUGCUUACGGAUUUCUUGCCUGCAAGGGAAUCUUUGGGACAACCAGCUUCCAGCAUCAGAAUGGAGCUCAGAGCUGCUCGCAGUGGAGCAGCUUCUCAAUUUGGUGCUGAGCAGUAAUAUUUAUAAUGUUGCUGCCGAUCGGAUUCGGCACAAGGAGGUCCAGUUCCACUUUUACCGCCGGUUAGCACAGUUGCUGAUGAGUCAUUCACAGGCCACCAUACCUGCCUGGUUUAGAUGUCUCAAGGCCUUGAUUUCAUUAAAUCAUUUGAUUGUGGAUCCUGACUUGGAUGACUUAGUGGCCUUGGCUUGGAUUGACGCAGAAGUCUCUGAGCCGCGUACAAAGAAGGCUCAGACGGCACUUGUUAGCACUCUCUUCUCCACUUACACCAAAUUGCGCCAGUUCCAAAAUCUCUUCCAAGAAGUUUUAUCAGUCAUUUUACGUCCUGCUGCAGAAGAGUCAAGACUCCCACUUUUGCCAGCCGGUAUCAGGGCCAAGCUGUGUGAGUGUCUUCUUGAUCUGCCAUCCAGUCAAGUGCUGGACAUAGUAGCUCUCAGUAUGGAAAAAUGUCAGACUUUUGUCAUUCCUCAUGUCAAGGGGGAUUCCGACAUGGCCUUGAAGCUUCUGUCCAUAAGCAGAUUGCUGUAUUCUAUUCUCUUUCACAUGAAGAGUUUAGAUGAUUCCACUCCAUUGUCUGUUGUGAAUCGCACUCAAAGCCUACUGGAGACAAUGCAAAAAAAUGUCAUCCAAGUUUUAUUUGACCUGCUGAAAGAUUCUGAGGCAGAAGGGGCAGAACUUGAGCUUUGGACAGAGAAGGUCAGUAACUCAGCCCUUCUUCUUGCUUGUGUGUGGGUAGAAAGUGAUACUCUUUUUGCCUUAAAUUGCAAGAAGUACGGCUCUCCAUUAACUCAGGUAAACCCUUUGCUUCAUGCUUCUUCUGAAGGAAACUGGGACUUCUCAGCCAUAUUUCCUGGUCUAGAUGCAGAAUGCUGGGGGAAAAUAGAUCAGCUGGUGAAACGUUCCUCCUCAAUGAGCAGCUACUGUACUGAAUGGCUGGUGCUUCAAAGAAUGAAGAAGAUGCUAAUGUAUACCAGCUCUUGGACAGAGGCAUCAUAUCAGACUUUGCAGACUGCUGGGGCCUUCAUCCUUCAAUCUGGAAGAGCUUACACGGACGAAGAAGAAUCAGAACCCUGGGAUGGCAGUGCAAGUAGUAUAACGACUCUUACGUAUCCAGUGGCACAUUGGCACCUGGUAGUCUCAAAUCUUCCUGUCCUGUUUCCCUAUCUUUCUGAGAAGGAUACAGAAUAUACUGCAGAGAUGCUACUGAAAACACUAUUGGUUAAGCAAACCCAGGCAGCUUUUGCUGAUGAGGACGAUUCCUUACUCACAGUGGAGAAGGUGUCUAAGGAUUUAUUGCACAGUUCUCUUCUUCCAGAACUGCAGAUGCUACACUGUUUUUUCCUAAGCCAUAUAAUUCAGCACUGUGCUAGUGUUCUCUCAUCUACAUUUCCAGACAUUGCCAGUCAGCCUCUUCAGCUACUGUGUGCAGGAGACGUUCCAUGGUGCGAAGCUGUCCCUUCUGGUCAUGCGGCCAGCAUAAGGUCUAGCAAUGACUUUUCAGCCUCCUGGGCAGUUUUGGAAAAAGUUGCUCUCAAUAUACUGUCAUUAGUGAAAGACAGAUCUUAUGCUACCUUGGAAGAAGAGCAUAUCAAAGAGCUCUUGGGUGUACUAGAGAUCAUUUCAGCAUUGAAUGUCGACAGCUUCUUUCCUUUGGACUUCACACGGUGCUUUCUUUUGUUGAUUUCUUUGACUGUUAAUACCAGAGCAAGCAUUUCUUGCAACAAAGCCUUAUCUUUGAAGUUCUUGGCAACCUGCUUCCAUCUUCUAGCAUGCCUACAGGCUGGCAGACAUGCAAACUCAUCCUUCAAGGUUCUGUAUGCCAGUGAUGUUCUCGAAGCUGUCCUCACCUCUUUGUUUGCAAUCUGUAAGACCUUUGGCAGUGUCUUGAAGAUUGCUGCUUGGGACGAAUUUCUUCAUGAGCUCCAAGUCUUUUUGGAACAAUAUCUUCAGGUAACUCUAGAAAGGAGGCAGAGUGUGAAACUGAACCUGGAAAAGUUCCUGUCUUUCAUAACAAUUUGUCAACCAUGUUCAACAAGUUCUGGACAGUCUGAGCAUUGGAGCCCUGCAGCUGACCAGGUUCUUCUAGUGGCACUAAUUGCAUUGUGUCACAUUCUGGCUACAUAUCUGCAGCAGCAGCAGCAUGGAAAACCACAGGCUUCAGGAAUGCUACCUAUUUUUCUUAAACAGGCCAUGUUACAAACAGGAGCAACUAUCAAGUUCUGUCUUAGAAACAACACAAAAGGCCAGCCAUUACCUUUGGCAUUUAUACCACAUAUUACUACUCUUCUAAGAGCAGAUUCAUCUUGCUUUCAGUGUAUGGUUCUUGCAGCUGAUGAGAAUGAACUAGAGGGUCUGAUGCAACCAAGCAAAAACUGGCAACUUUUUCACAGUGAACUGUAUCAAAGUUUUUGUGAUCAAAUAUUGAGAGAACUUGACUUGGCAGAUGGCAACCCCGAGUUCCUUCACUCUGCUUUGCAGUUUUUAACUGUUUUCUGUUCCAUGCCAGAACUGUAUCCGCCACACAUCACUUCUAUUGCCAUAUUUAAUUCUGUCAGAAAACUACUUGCAGGUCCCGAAAUCAAAGGCCAGUUGAUCCAAGAUCUAGAUGUGCCCUUGACCAAACUGAUUGCCCAGCUGGUGGAGAAUAGUACCACUGAUGACUUUUGUACCAUGUUGAGGCUGCUGAUUGAGGGACUGAAUGUUUGCAACCUUUGGAAACAAACUCCUGAAAUAGUAUUAUCAGCUGUUACCUUACUGAAAGUGCUACUCGGCUGCCCUCUAAGUGGAGAGAAAGAGAAAGUUUUCUGGUUUUCUAGUCCCCAGAUAAUCACUGCUUUAGCUAUGCAAAUCAAAGAGGCUUCUCAAGAUCCGGUCCUGCUCCCUGUUCUUGUUGUGCCUAUACUGGAAGCAGCAGCUUUUCUCCUAAGAUACGGAGAAGGGAUUCUCUCCAACCCACAUCACGUUACUCUUGUUUUUAACAUCCUUCUGACUGUCCCUCUUGACCAGAGGGUGUAUAAUAGCAUCUUCCUGGGAAUCCACGAAGUGCUCUUUUCCACACUGCAGUGUCACCCUAAGGUGAUGCUAAAAGCAGCUCCAUCUUUUCUGAACAGCUUUCAUCGAUUGGUUAUUUCUGUGAUGCAUGAAGGGAGACAAAAAGGAGACAGAGGGACCACAGAUGAAUUUGAAGCUAUACUGAAGUGUGCCCAGUUGGUGGAGCGGAUGUAUAGUUAUAUUGCUGCAAAAACAGAAGACUUCACUGUGCUGUCAGCCUUCAUUGUAGCCCAAUAUGUGAUCGAACUGCAGAAGGUGACUUUGCAUCCGACUGUAAAGAAACAUCUAACGGAAGGGAUCUAUCAUAUCAUAGAUCUCUGCAAGGAACGCGACAUCAAAUUCUUAAAUGUCUCUCUACCAGCGGGGGUGAGAGAAGUUUUCAAGGAGCUCUAUCACGAUUAUACUCAUUAUCACAAAGCUUUAAAGCAAGGAGAUGAAAAGUACAAAGCAUGAACUAAUUAUUCUUUUGAGAUCUGGGGGAAAAGUCUCCACCUGGAUGGGAUGAACACCUACUUUUCUUCUGUAUGAAGUCACUUGAUUUGGAAUGAGAAAGCCAUGUGCCUUGAAGCAAGCGUGUGUGGUGUUUUUCCUCUGCCUUGGUGACUUGAGCAAACCUCUGCUUUUCCAGGGUUGCAAGCAAACAUUUCUGAAGGAAAUUGUAUUAAAUACUGUAUAUUGCAAGGACCCCUGCGAGUUCGCUAAAGAAAAAAUAAAUUUAUUAAUGGCCCAAAAUUUUGAGGUAUGAAUAAGCACCAUUUUUUGCCUUUUUGAAGUAAGGGAUAAUGGGUUCAAAACUUUUCUCUUGUUGAGAUAGGACUGUUAUUUUUAUAUUUAGACUGAACAGGUUUUGUAUUAUACAUGUAACAUAUUAAUAACUAUUAAAUCUAAAUAGUAAUUAUUUUUUUUAAAA